UUUGUGAUUUGAUAGAUAUUAGAGUAGAGUAAAGAGUAAAUAUGUUCCUUGGAUAUUAGAUACCUACUUUAUAGUUUAACAUAAUAAUUUGUGUACCUACUGUUUAAUGUUAAUUUAAGGCUUUAUUUCCAUCUUUUAAAGUGAACAUUGAUCUCCACAGCUUUGAUAAAUAUCUACAGUAACAUGACAACAAUAUUUAAAGUUUAAAUAUUUCUGUAGAUAAUCCACAUCAGACUGUAUAAUUUUAAUUUAAAAAUUAUAGUUCUUAAUUUCCACGAUGAAGGAAAAGCGACAUAAAAAGCAUAAAGACAAAAAGAUGAAAAAGAAAACAUAUAGGUCAUCUGACUCAAACUCCUCCAAUGAUGAAUGGGUUGAAAAGAGUGUUAAGAGUGAAGGACAGUCAACACAAAGUCAUGAACAGUGGAUGUCUAUGUCUGGAAUAUUGAAAACUUAUACAAAGAAUGAUAUUAAACCUAAACGUGAAGAACCUAAAAAGCACAAUAUAGACUCGUACAAUCCAUCUACAAGUAGUAGAGAACUUAAUCCAUAUUGGAAAGAUGGAGGUUCUGGUCUACCACAAACACCAAAUGAGUUUCGCAAGUCUAAAACAUUUAAGAAACCUACUGAUAGUGAUGAUGCAUUCUUUUCUAGAAAAAUAAGACUUGAUGAUAAUUUAAGUAAAAAAGUUGAAAGCAAAGAUGACUACAACAGAUCCUAUAAUUGGAAAAAUAGCAAAUCAGAACCAAAUAAACAUGUAGACAAUGUCAGAAAAGACACAGCUAAGGAAAAAAAUUGUACAAAUGAUAGUUCUCCUAAGAUAGAUGCUGAAGAAGGCAUGUACUUAAGUGAUGAAAAAAUGAAUAAACUAGCAGCAAAGAUUGUUAAAGCAGAGAUUAUAGGUGAUAACCAACUUGUAGAAAAAUUGAAAGCAAAACUUGAAGCAGCAAGGGAAUACAGGAGGAGUAACCCUGAAGAUGAUGGUAUAUUGUUGUUAUCUACAAAUAGUAGUGGGAACAGUAGACCACUAACAAAAGGUGAAAAUGUGGGUGAUCAUAGAAGUAAAAGUAAUAAACGCAAAGCAUCAACACAUGAUGCAACAGGGAGAUUGAAAUAUUUUGGCAAUGAUGACAAGUACAACUUAGCACAGAUGUUUGAAGAAGAAAAGUAUGGUUCCAAUUAUGAUCCUCAAGCAGAAUUAGCUAAAGUUGCUAGUAAGCACAAAAAUCCAAAUGAUGACUUGGAUGACAUAUUCAUGGAUGAAAUCUCUAAACCCUCAAAUGCAGCAAAAGACAGUGAAAAAGAGAAGCAGCAAGCUAUAAACCAGAGUGUAAAGUUGGAGAAAUCACUGGAAGGCUGUGAACACUGCCUAGAUUCUAAGAAUAUGAUCAAACAUCUUAUGGUUAGCUGUGGCAACAAAGUUUAUAUGGCAUUGCCAGCAAAGAAAUCAUUGCUAAAAGGUCAUUGUAUUUUAACAACAAUACAACAUCACACAUGUGUUACUGCUCUAGAUGAAGAUGUUUGGGAGGAAAUCAUGAACUACAGAAAGAAGAUAACUCUCUUUUUUAACUCGCAAAAUAAAGAUGUUGUAUUCUAUGAAACAGCAACAAGGCUGCACAGAUACCCUCAUUUAAUCAUAAACUGUGUCCCACUGCCUAGAGAUGUAGGUGACAUGGCAUCUAUUUAUUUCAAAAAGGCUUUACUGGAUUGUGAAGCCGAGUGGUCUAUGAAUAAGAAAGUAGUUGACCUAAAAGGUAAAAAUAUACGGAAAUGUGUACCUAAAGGCUUACCAUAUUUUUGGAUUGAUUUUGGCAUGGAUCCUGGAUUUGCUCAUGUUAUAGAAGAUCAGCAAUUAUUCCCGAAAACAUUCGCAGAGGAAAUUAUUGGUGGUAUGUUGGAUUUAGAUCACACCAUAUGGAAUAAUCCGCAAAGGGAAUAUGGUGACCUGCAAAGGAAGAAAGUAGUGGAAUUUGUAAAUGACUGGAAACCAUUUGAGAAAAAUUUUUGAGUUAAUAAAUAAUUUAUUUUUAA